CUCCGACUCGUGUUGACUAAAAAAAGUUAAAGACACGCUUCUCAAGCACUCCAGCUGAUUGGAUUUGUCGCUAUAUGUGGUAGAAAUAUCGCGUUGCAGUGUCUGAGGAUACAGUUUCAGAUUUUCGCAGCCAGACAUUGUUUUUUCAAAGGCUUUACUAAACAGGCUUUACAGGAGUUGGCGCCGCUUUCGUCGAGAGAGAAGGUUUUUGUUGACCAUUGUGAAUUUGCCCCAAGCAACUUGGAAUUAUUGUCACUGGUUUAUGGAAAUGGUUCCCGACACCACAAUUAUCCUCAGGAAAUGCUUUGCCCAGAUUUUCUUGGCUCUUUUGACCGUCGUGACAGUUCAUGCUAGCAACGGUUAUCAAGGCUUGCGCGUGCGUUGUAAACCAGAUUACAUGGAAUUGACUCUCACGCGAAAGCACUAUGCAAGGAUCGAUCCAGCCACUCUCCGCCUCACAGACCCCAGUUGUGGUCCUUAUUUUUAUAACAGCUCCAUUAUGGUCAUAAGAGCACCGCUGGGUGGAUGUGGCACCAAGGCCGGUCCGGAGAGAAACUUACUGGGAUUUCGUAAUGAAGUAUACGCGGAUCUCAUUGGUAGAUCUCCCAUCGCACGAGAACCUGCAUAUCAGUUUCGCCUGCAUUGUUUAUACUACACAACUGCGAAAAUAAUGCUGCAUUCCUUCAAACCUGACACAAAAGUCAUUGUUGAACCACCAACAGAAUUUGGGAACUUCACAUUUGAAACCAACAUGUUCCAAACGGACAAGUACAUUAGCCAAUAUACUCAAUUUCCGGUGAAAGUUCAUGUCAGUGAAAGUGUUUAUCUGCAAGUGAGAGUGAAAUCCAAUGCAUCAGGCUUGUCGAUGCUUCUCGAAAACUGCUGGGCAACGCCAACACCAACAUCAACACCAACACCGAAUGCUAACGACUCAGGGGUCUACUGGUUGAUAGAGGAGGGAUGCCCUAAGACGGAAUACUUAAACUACAAAGUAUCGGAUACAGUUUAUCAGCGGUUCAGUUUUUCAGCGUUUAAAAUAGAGGGGUCAGAAGUAGUGUAUCUUCACUGUGAGGUACUCAUCUGCGCUGAAAACUCCGGGAACAAAACGCGUUGCGCCGAAGGUUGCACAAAAGACCUUGGCAACAGCAGAAGGCGGCGGGAUGCAUCGAAUCAAGACCAGCGCAAGGGAGUUACUUCUUUGGGUCCGUUAAAGAUCCUUACAGACAGACUUGAAGUUCAACCACCGGGUGAAGGUAAGACACGUUCCCAGUCCACGCAAGUUACACUUGAGAUCCGAGCAGGACUACUGGCGUUCUUGUUGGCCUUCCUUCCGUGGAUGUAAUCAACUGUCAAUCACUCAUCACAGCCAAUCACAGCUAGAGACGUCAAAGUCACAUGACUGACGACAACACGCGCCAUUAUUAUAAAUCAUUGAAAGAAAUGCGAAAAGAUUUGGCAGAUUAGUACUGAUUUUAGGGAGGUAAAGAAAAAAAAAUCAAGAAUGGUAGUCGUAUAAAAUUGUUAAAUAUGUAGAUACGGGUGAGUGUGAGAGCAAGACUAGCACUUAGUUAACUUACGACAUCCUUAAUGUGAAAAUGAAAAUUCUCCUUGCCUGUCUCAUGCAACAUAUCGGAGCGCACGUGGGGAGAAUUUGGUGUGUUAUCAAGGCAGCACGCCUUUAGUGAGGACAGACCGUUUUAGCUUUGAGUGGGGUUUUGGGUAUUAGUGGGCAAAACGCAACGAAAAAAAUUCUCAAUAACAGAAAAAGGGCUGUACAUCGGAAAGAAAGGCCUAUAGGAAAUUUAGAAACGGAGAGAGAGGGGGAAGAGAUCUACCAUCGGGACUGGUGGGGGAGGGGAGGGAAGGUCAGAGGAUGUCGUCUGUGUCAUGAUGGAAUUUACAUAGGGCGUGUGAUAUUCCUUAGAGUCCCCCUCCCCCUCUGAUUCCCCUGGAAACCAUGUGAUCCCCCAAACUCUUUUGCCCUUCCCCUCCCCCCAGCCGAUGAAUGAUGACAGGUCUUUCAAUCACGCCUGCUUGGAAAAGGAAAACUUCACAUCGAACGAGAAAAAAAGGAAAAAGAUUUUCUUGGAAAACCUUUUUGAAAAGAGUUGAUCGGAUGAAAUAUUUUCAGCAGUACGUUACGAAGGUGAAGAGUAUUGAUUGUUUAUCAGUGUGUAUUUAGCCUCAAAUAAGGUAGAAAUGAUGUAAAACAUUUAAAAGAUGUUCGAAGAAUUUCAUGAUGGUUCAAGUUAUGUGCCGCCGAAAUGAGUUUUCUGCUUUCUAAUUUUUAGAAAUUUUCCUUGAAAAAUAUUUAUCAAAAAUAGUCUUCAUGUGACGCUUUUAAAAGUGCUAAAUAGGCUUACGUAGCUUGGGCGUGGCUAAGGCUCCCAGUUGGUAGGGCCUUGGGCAUGCAAACGCCGAACGAGCUAAGGAAACUUAAAUGAGAGGGGCUUGGGGAGGUUUUCUUUUUCGCCCAUCCGCGUCCUUUCUACGCUCUGGGUUAUGUUAAAUUUAUGAAGGCUGGGCCGUGUUAAACAAAAUAUUUUAUCACAUGAUUUUUAAAUUUAUAUAUAUAUAAUCAAUCUGAAAUCAUUCGCAAUCAUUUUCGCAAUAUAGCUGGCAAGCAUAAGUCUUUUUUAUGUUUAGUACCAUGAUAUUUUUCAUUAAUUAUUUUGCUUACUAUAGUCAGAACGUCUGAAAGACGUGAAACCUAGAUUUAAAGCGCAAAUAAGUGGAAAAUAAGCUAUUGUGGAUUAAGUUUUUUAGAUAAACUGAUUUCAGCGUGUGUGUUUUAAAAAUAAAAUAAUGUUUUUGAACUGUUUUUCAUGAUGAAAGAUUAACGUAGGUUUAAGAAGGGCCGGAAUGGUUUUUCCACGUCUUCUCAAAUUUUUUUCAGGAGAAAUUGCUCAUCGUUUCUCAACGGUAACUGUUUUUAGCGUGUGACUUAACGCUCGUGACACGUGUUGCGUAACUACUCAUUUAAAGUCACAGAAGGGAUGGAAGUUACAAUUCGGACAUUUUAAUCAAAUUCUCAAGUUGAAAAAUAACUGUAAGAAGCAGUUUUCUUGUUAUAAAGGAAUAACAAUAGCAAAUGCUGAGUAACUGCAAGCAUAAAAAGGAAGUAGACGAGAAAAAGAACUUUGAACGCUAGGUAAACUUACCUCAGCUAAUAUUCCCCUUACGUAAUAGAUAUCCAAAAUGGUGACGUUACAAAAUAUUAGCUGUGUCUUGGAAAGCUUUGUUUGACCAUUCUAGGUCACAGGAAACCCAAGUUAUGUAUGCAUGGAAAAUAAGAAAAGAAUCAAUAUUCCUUCAAUAUACCUCUUGUUAACACUUGAGCUCCCAUGAAUGAUCAAGACAGAAUUUCUCCUAACAGUACCAACACAAUGUCAAGCAGACGAGUCAUGAGAAUAAA